AUGUCCGCCAUUAAGUGUCUCUCACGCGAUUUUCUGGUUGCCGCCGGCAUGUCCUGCGGUAAUGUUCGUCUUCCCUGGCCUGUCUACAGUUUCCUGAACGCUUGCGGUCUCUUUCGGCGCACGCAUGCGCGCACGAGACGUGGUGGCCGUGGCGGUGGCGCUACUAGACUGAUAGUGCGACAACGCUCUCUGCUAGGUCUUGUCAAUGCGCGCUCUCUUCUGAACAAGUGUGAACUGAUUUCCAAUCACUUAAUUGAUGCCCGUCUUGAUCUGCUGGCAGUGACUGAAACCUGGCUUAACAGCGACAUUGGUGACUCUACUAUAAAAGCGGCAUGUCCGGAUGGCUACACCGCUGUUCAGCUCCCUCGUCUGAAUCGAAAGGGUGGUGGUCUGGCUCUGAUCCAUAAAUCCUCUAUUGAGGCUAAACGACUUCCUGUGACCAUUCAUGAGGCCUAUGAGUGCAUGGAUCUGUUGCUUUGUUUUCGGUCGCAACGUGUUAGACUAUUGAUCAUCUAUAGACCGCCUUCCUCUCUACCUUCUCGUUUCUUUGAUGAAUUUUCUUUGACUAUGGAAGCUGUCUGCUCUACUCGUGAUAAGCUAGUCGUCGUUGGGGAUUUCAACUUUCAUGUUGAUCUGGUGGAAAACUCGGUGGCACAGUCAUUUCUCGGUCUAAUGGAGGCGUUUGGUCUUACGCAGUGUGUUGCUUCUCCCACCCAUAUCAAGGGUCAUACACUUGAUUUGGUAUUUACUCGGGAUGUAGACAAUUUUGUCUCACAUACAUGUGUUAGCUCCCUCAUAAGUGAUCACUAUGCUGUUCAAUGUUGUCUGGCCGUGCGCACACCUAGGUGGCCUAUCGGCCGUACGCUCUUUCGAUCGUUUAAGUCAAUUGAUAGUGAUCUCUUUGUUGCGGACCUGAUUGGUCUGGACUUGUUCACUGAUCCGGCUACUACUAUCGAUGGUCUCAUUGAUCAGUAUAACGUGGGUGUUAGUCAAGUGAUUGACAAGCACGCCCCAUUGAAAGAGAAACUGUUGGUCCUUCGCCCCGCUAAUCCCUGGAUGAGCGAUGAUGUGCGAGUUCUGAGGAGAGAGCUUCGGAAAAGAGAACGAAUAUGGAGGAUGAGGAGGCUAUACGUCGACUUUCAGACCUACCGGGAGACACAGAUGAAGUAUUCUCGUCGACUUAAGGCAGCGAAGAAGUUAUUCUACAGCAACAAAAUUUUGGAGUGUGGCAGUGACGCUAGGGCUCUCUAUCGUCUUGUCAACAACCUGAUGGGUAAAUCUGAUGUGCCCACAUUACCGAAACAAAAGCUUCCUGAUCGGAGUGUUGCGGAGGAGUUCAGUGUCUAUUUCUCCACCAAGAUAGCGGAUAUCCGCUCAUCCCUUGACUCUUUGGCCAAUUCUAGGAAUUCUGACAGUGCCGUUGAAGAGGAGUCCUUCCUUUCGCUCUAUGGCUCCUGCUGCCUAGACCCACUUCCUACUCCUUUGCUAAAGAAGUUUGUAAGUACCUUGGCCGCUCCAAUAACGAGAAUUGUAAACUCUUCGCUGGCAUCUGGUCGGUUUCCUGAUUCGCUGAAGCAUGCUGUCAUCACGCCUCUUCUUAAGAAACCGUCACUGGAUCCCCAAGAUAUGGCCAGCUACCGCCCGGUGUCUGGCCUUUCAUUCCUCUCGAAGCUUAUUGAACGUGUAGUUCUUUUUCGCCUCUCAUCGCAUGUCGCGGAAUUCAAUCUGCUGUCUCCUAGUCAAUCUGCGUAUCGGGUGAACUACUCGACUGAGACUUCCCUGCUUUCAAUUCAGAACGACCUACUCGUCGCUGCGGAUGCUGGUUUGGGUAGUGCGCUCCUCCUCUUGGAUCUCAGCGCCGCAUUCGACACGGUUGACCACCGUAUUCUGAUUGAGAGGAUGGCUACAGCUUUCGGUGUCUCUGGAUCUGCCUUAAACUGGUUCCGGUCCUACCUCUUUGGCAGAACCCAAUCGGUGAAGGCGCUUGGAGUUACAUCAUUCCCGGUACCUCUUCCGUUUGGCGUUCCGCAAGGAUCUGUUCUGGGUCCAUGUCUUUUUAACAUCUACACCAGUCCGGUUCCCGCCAUUGCUGCUGUCCACGGGGUUAAACUCAAGCAGUUUUCUGACGACACCCAAGGGUACGUCCACUUCCACCUUGAUUCUCAUCAUCAGACUAUGGCUCUUGGAUCUCUCUCCGCCUGUUCUGCGGAUAUCGAGGACUGGUUUAUCGCCAAUCGGGUGAAGCUUAACUUCGGAAAGAGUCUGCUACUUUAUACCAUUCCACCACGUAAAGCCUCGGCCAUUGUACUCUCUCCACUUGUUGUUGGUGACUCUGUUCUUCCCCCUUCUAAUCAAGCUCGCAAUUUGGGUGUAACUUUUGAUAGUGAACUCACAAUGGUCCCUCAUGUAAAUGGCAUUUGUAAAUGUGCUUUCUUCCAUCUCACCCUUAUUGGUCGGAUAAGGAAGUACCUUGAUACAAAAUCGGCCAAGUCCUUAGUUCAUGCUCUUGUGCUUAGUAGACUUGAUUAUGCAAAUUCUCUUUUGUUUGGCCUCCCGAAAACUCUGAUGGUGAAACUGCAGCGCGUUCAGAACGCUGCUGCUAGGCUAGUUGUCGGUGCGGGAAGAUAUGAUCGAGUUUCUGAUCAUAUCAAGAACCUUCAUUGGCUGCCGGUCGAGCAGCGGGUUGUUUUCAAGACGGCGGUUUUGACGUUUCGUUGCCUGAAUGAUUCUGCCCCAGUUUAUCUGUCUGAUUUGGUCAAAUUGUACAAGCCCACACGUGAUCUUAGGUCUGAUAAUUCCCGUAACAUUGUAUCCCCACCUUUUCGACUUGCGAAGAUAGAGGCAUUACUUUCCAGGCUACUGCCACGUCGACCGAAUUCGGCUAUAAAACCUGGAUGA